AUGGUUGGGUUUAUGUCUCUGACGUAUGCAAAAUUGGAGUUACGCAAGAUGUUCCAGAAUGGAAUGCUUGCCUUCUUUCCUGAUUACAUCAGCGGUGACUUUGAUUCCAUUUUGCUUGAAGUCAAGGAAUACUACAAGGUCAAGGGGUGUGAGUUGAUAGAGACACCAGAUCAAGACUUCACUGACUUCACCAAGUGUCUUCAGAUACUUCAGAAAAAGAUAGAAGAAAAAGGUCUCCAGAUUGAUGUGAUUGUGACCUUGGGUGGACUUGGAGGACGCUUUGACCAAGUCAUGGCAUCAGUGGAGACUCUCUUUCAUGCAACUAAUAUCACUCCCACUCCAGUUAUAGUUAUUCAAGAGUGCUCCCUCAUUUGCCUACUUCAACCUGGAAAGCACAAACUGUAUGUAAACACAGGACUUGAAAGCAAGUGGUGUGGCCUCAUUCCAGUUGGGAACCCUUGUGACAAUGUUACUACGAUGGGCCUAAAAUGGAACCUCACUAACCAUGUCCUAAAGUUUGGAAAGCUUGUCAGCACUUCAAAUACCUAUGACGACUCUGGAGUUGUGACCAUAGAAACAGAUAAACCGCUGCUGUGGACAAUGGGUAUCAAAAAUAAGCAAAAUGCUUAAGAUGAUAACUGCCUUUCUUUCAGCUGACCAAAGAUUUCAACAUAUUGGAAAAUUUCACUCAUUAACAGAAACAGAAUUACCGUGCCAGCAGUAAAAAAAA